AUGGCCAAGGCCUCCCUGAGCCGGAUCGCAUUGCUUCUGCUGGGUCUCCCCUUCCUGGCCUUGGCCUGGAUAGAUCUUCCCAUUAGAUCUCUACGCUCUACAAGUCUUGCUCCUGUAAUGAAAGGCUUCAACAUCCAAAAGUUGUCUGGAAAGUGGUACCCAGUGUUGACCAUCAGUCCAGACCCCACUCCAAAGGCCACCCGGGCUUGUAUUAUAGAGCCCCAGAGCAAUGGAAAUGCCUUUAUGAUGGUGGAAAUUCCUGUGAAUGGUGCCUGCAAGUUGAGAAAGGUCCUUCUUAGCAAGAAUCGCUUCUGGAAUUCGAUUUUCUCCACGUUAGAGGGAAAAGCCUUCAUCAUUGACACCGACUACGAGACCUACUUCUUCGCCUACUUCACCAAAGCAGAUGGGUUCCUCCUGCAACUCUAUGCCAAAUCGAAAACCGUGUCUGAGGAGGUCCGGCAGAAGUUCCUGGACAUCGUCAAUCGCUCGGGGCUCCCGACGCAGCAUUACCAGGCUCUCAGGGAAGAAGAUUUGUGCACAAGCCCUCCAGCGAACGGAUAG